GGCUGUUGACCUGGCGCCGUAUUACUUGUGAUGAUGUCACUCGAGUUGUGAACUGUUUGAGCAACUCGAGCGUGAUUUUAUAUGGCCCCCCUCUGGGGUGGAGCCACAGAUGUCACCCGAGUCCUUCGUCUCCAGAAGAGGGCCCUGAGGAUUAUUUGUGGGGCUGGUAGAUUAGCCCACUGUCGCCCACUCUUUAUCAAAGAGAGGAUCCUCACCGUCUUCUCCCUCUAUGUUCUCCAUACCCUUUGCAGAACACAUGCGAACGUGGGGUUGCUCGUGACCCGACAGAGCUUCCACCCAUAUGAGACUAGGGGUAGACUCAGGCUGGAUUUACCCUACCAGAGGCUGAGCAGAACUCGGACUGGUCUGGCUCAUAUGUCUAUCAGCCUCUAUAAUAGGCUGCCUCUGUUGGCCAGGGAUCUGCCUGCUGUGCGGUUUCGAGGGGCUCUGAGGAGCCUGCUGACGGAUCACCCUCUGUACUCACUCCGUGAGUUCUGUAUGUUGGAGAGCAGUGUGGUGAGUGCCUAUUUUCGUAUUUGAUUUCUGCCUCUGGGC